AUGCCUCACCCCCUUCUUCAGACCGAGGCUGAUCACACCGCCCCUGAGCCUUCCAACAUCUCAACCACUACCUCCACCUCCCCCAAGCCCAACCCAAUCUAUCUCCGCUCGUUUCUCCGCUACGCCAUCGGCGCCGCCGCAACAUCCACCAACGAAUCCAUCACCAUACGCGUCAUGAAGCACGACCCCGUCCUCAACACCUACUCCCUCAUCCCCAUGGCGCAAUCACGCCUCAGAAAGCCCGGUGACAUCGAAGUUAUCGUCAUCACCACCGAGGAAAUGGCCAAGAUGCCUGAUCGGUUUGGAGGCAAGAUCACAAAGGAAACGACGCUCCGCACCGGUCCGAGUCUCGCUGAGUUUCCUGUCUUUGGAUACACGGUUCCUGACUUUGAGGGUUUGAAGGACCAAGGGCUUGAGGUUCUGGCGUGGAGGGUUUUUGGGAGUGGGGAUAAGGUGUUUAUGGAUACGGAUGGGUAUGGACUUCCGGACGUGUCGGGAAUGAUUCAGGCUUGGUUUGAGCGUAUCUAA